GCUCAUAAUUAUGAUCAUAGCUAGCUAGCUAUUAGCUGAAGACCCAUAAAAUAUAUCUAGCUAGAUAAUACGUGUAGAUAAUAUUGUCUCUGUUCAUUUCUAGUCAAAAAGAAGAUCGCUAAAGCCUCUGUGUCAUUUCUGGUUGGUACGGUGCCUGCCUGCAUCAGUCAUGACUUGCUGUUCCAGGUUGUGUAGACAGCUGGGGCUGCUCAUCUGGAAGAACUUCAUCUUGCAGAUAAGGCGACCCAUUGGAACAGUGUUCGAGUUGGUGCUACCAACACUAGCUGUUGUCUUCAUUGUUGUGUUGAAAUUUGCGAUAUUCAACGGGCAGAUACAAGAUCGAUGUUUUGUGACAUUUGACUCUGACAGUCUCACCAUUCCAUCUCCAUUGGAGCUUUCUCCUGGUUUAGUGCAGCCGUAUCACAUAUACUAUGCUCCAAACAGUAGUAUUGAGUCUGAUAUAAUGAGCUUUGUGAGGGCUCGGCUACCCAAUUCUAAGGAUAUGGUCAUCAUUGGUUUCCCUUCUCAAGAAGAUAUGGUUGAUGGGCUCUUGAAUAUCACCAGAUUACCAUUGCCCGGGUGUUUUGCUGGAGGAGCAGGUGUCUUUUUUGACAAUCUAAAUGGCACUGAUAUGGAAUACACAAUUCGACUGCGACAUGAUGUUGGUUCAAGGGACACAUGGCAAACUGCACGUACUGCUGCAGCAUUCAAUAGUCCUGGCCCACGAAUUGACCCUAAUUUAUACCUGGCUGAGGGUUUUCUCCACAUUCAAAACCUAAUUGGGCAAGCUAUUGUUAACUGGAAGUUGCAAAACGAAAUUGAUGUCGACGUCUCGAUCCGGCAACUCCCAUAUCCUCCGUAUACCGUGGAUAUUUUCCUCUCUACUAUUGGAAGCAUACUGCCUCUUUUGCUAAUAAUGGCCUUUCUCUACUCUGCUGGAACAACAGUCAAGGAAUUAGUUUUGGAGAAGGAACUUCGUAUUCGUGAGUCUAUGAUGAUGAUGGGUCUGCAACAGUGGACUCUCUGGACUUCCUGGUAUCUCAAGCAGUUCAUCUUUCUCUUUGUUUCUGUGAUAACCAUGAGCCUUCUUCUUAAGUUUGGACAAGCAUUCCCGAAUAGUGAUAUACUUCUCCUAGUGAUCUUUUUCACUCUUUUUGUUACAUCCAUGAUCUCGUUUUGCUUUCUUAUCAGUGUCUGGUUCAAUUCUGCUCGCAUUGCUCUGAUCAUUGGGUUUGUGGCAUGGUUUCUCAACUAUAUGCCAGUUUUGUUCCUGAUCACUCGUUACGACGAUCUUCCACUAGCGGCCAAAGUGGGUUCGUGUAUUCUUUCCAACACAUGCAUGGGUCUAGGAGUACAGGCAUUGUCAAUCUUGGAGUUGAGAGGAACUGGUUUGAUUUGGAAUAACAUUGCCCAACCCCUGUCAAGUGAUGACCCAUUUUCACUCAUUCAUGUGUUUGCCAUGCUGCUAAUGGAUACUGUUGUCUACUUACUGUUGGCUUGGUACAUCAAUGGAGUCAAGCCUGGUACGUAUGGAAUUCCCAAGCCAUGGUACUUUCCCUGCCUCCCAUCUUAUUGGUUCGGAACAAACAGGCGUUGGGCCAUGAAGUCCAACAAAGCAAAUCCAAUUAAUGAAUCACAUCUGAAGACUGAAGACGAUCAUGACGCAUCUGCACACGAGGAGGUAAAGAAUCCACCCGAAGUUGGCAUUAGCAUCCAGAGUCUCACCAAAGUAUAUGGCCAGUCUAUCUUUAGUCGGAAGAAAAAAGGUGCUCGUAUGAGAGCAGUGGAUAAUUUGAGUCUAGAUAUGUACAAAGGUCAAAUCACAGCAUUGUUAGGACACAAUGGAGCUGGAAAAACCACUACAAUGUCUAUUUUGACAGGUCUGUUCACUCCUAGUUGUGGUAGUGCGAAAAUCAAUGGGUAUAGUAUCCUCACUGACAUGGACCAAAUCAGACAAAAUCUUGGGAUUUGCCCUCAACAUAAUAUUCUGUUUGACAGACUCACUGUCAAGGAGCACCUUAACUUUUUCCUCAGACUCAAGGAUGGUAAAGGUGAUAUUGCUGCUGAAGUGAAUGCUAUGAUCCAAGAUCUACAACUAGAAGACAAAAGAAACAUACAAGCUAGUCAGCUGUCAGGAGGCAUGAAAAGAAAACUGAGUGUUGGAAUUUCUCUGGUCGGUGGCUCACAAGUGGUAAUUCUAGACGAACCUACCUCCGGAAUGGAUCCAUAUGCGAGAAGAGCAACAUGGGACCUCCUAAUCAAACACAAACAGAACAAAACUAUUCUCCUUACCACACACUUCAUGGAUGAAGCAGAUCUGCUUGGUGAUCGUAUUGCCAUCAUGGCUGAUGGUAGAUUGAAAUGUUCUGGAUCUUCACUUUUCCUCAAGAGCAGGUACGGUGUUGGUUAUCACAUGACAGUCGUGAAGAAAAUUGGCUGUGAUUCGUCUCAAGUCAAAAACCUUGUGAAAUCAAUGGUUGAGAAUGCUCAACAGGUUACAGAUGUUGGUGCAGAGCUUACCUUUAUCCUGCCCUCUCAUGCCACUCCCAACUUCCCUGACCUGUUUGACACUCUUGAAGCUCAAAAGCAAGAAUUAGGAAUAGCUAGUUUUGGUGUGUCUGUAACAACAAUGGAAGAAGUGUUCAUGAAGGUUGGAGAAGAUGCAGACAGAGGUCUCGAUACCAGGCUUAAUGGAGCAUCUGUCAAUGUAACCAAGGUGCAUGACAGCACUGAAUCAUUGGAUAAUGAAGGAACAGCACUCGCCACUCUGACAUACAAAUAUACCCCUAACAGUGGUAUGAAUCUUUGGUUUCAACAAUUUUGGGCGAUGUUUCUUAAACGAGUCUACAACAGUGCAAGAUUCUGGGGAGCUGUUGUUUCUCAGAUCCUACUACCUGUUGGAUUUGUUGUGUUUGCACUCAUUCUAGCAGUAUCUGGUCCGACGCAAAAUCAAGAUGAUCCUAAACGAUCACUAGAUCUGAAGAACUCAGCAGCAUCACCAGAUAAUAUCUCCCUUUUCUAUGCUCAGUUUGGAGAAUCUAGCCCUCUUAUUUUCUCGGAUAUUGAACCUUCACAAUUGAAUGCCACCAACAUCUUUAACUUCACUGCUCGAGUUCAGUCUAUUAUGGACAAUGUAGCUUCAAACCCGCCUGUGGAAAUCAAGACUUGUUGUGGCUACAAAUACCAACUGUUAGAUGGAUUUUGUGCUUCAAGGACAGCGGGUGAUCUGUCUAGUGUGUGUGCAGCCAACAAUAGCUUUGGAUACCAGCAAUGCACACAUUGCCUUGAGUGCUGCACAGCAACUUCAUUAAUUGCCACAGCAAAAUCUUGCUCAUCUCCUAGCACCCUACUAUCGGGAAGGAAGAAUAGUGAAAAUUUUUGUCCAAAUCCUCCUAAAGUCAGUGUUUCUGAUAUCAAUCCUUCUGGUCCACUGGAGAGUGAAAAUGUCUAUGUAGCGGAGUACUUGCUCAGUGUCUCUGCUGCGGUGGAAGCUACUGUUUUCUUCCGACAAUUUCAAGCUGGAUUUACUGUCACUAAAAAGGAUCCUCCAUUCAGUGUGUGCGGUUGUAGCUCAUCAGCUACCUCGGUUCAGCAAGUGUGUGAUUUUUUCUCACCUCUACAAGUAUAUAACAGUUCAGCUCAGUGUCCGCGCUAUGGUUUUGACAAUACUUGUGCAACUUUAUGGAAUUUAUGUCUUAGCAGCCUUACACUAGCCCUUAUAGACCCAUGUGACUUACCUCCUCAAUGUGGCCAGCUCGAUUACAACUCAACGAACAUUUGUCACGGCAACGAGACUCUGUCAAGCUGCUACACCGUUGAUGGGCUCUCAGCUGAUGUAUUGAAGGAAAAAUCAUGCAAUACUAAGAGGCUCCAAAAAGGAUGCAAUAACCUGUCACGGAGUGCCAGGCCAGUAGCCGAAAGUUACAUCAAUCAGGAGCCGAAUAUAGCCGUGACUGUUUGGUACAACAAUCAGCCAUACCACAUGCCGGGUGCUGCUCUAAAUGCGUUUCAUACCAUUCUGUUGAGAACGGCUACCGGGGAUAAUUCUUUGACAAUGACUGUCAACAAUCACCCCCUUCCUCGUAGCCUGUCUGUACAAGUAGUGGAUACUGCAAACAAUGCUACUGGUUUUGGAAUAGGAAUUUUAGUUGUUUUCGGUUUCAGCUUUCUACUAGCCAGUUUUGUACUUUUCCUAGUGAAAGAAAAAGAAACCAAAGCUAAGCAUCUGCAAUUUGUCAGUGGCGUAUUUCCUUCAAGUUAUUGGCUGGCUACGUUUGCUUGGGAUCUACUGAAUGCAUUCGUACCUGUUCUUGCGUCAGUAAUACUUUUUGCAGUUUUUCAAGUAGAGGCAUUCACCGGAGAAGGAUUGGCAGCAAUUUUCGUUCUUCUAGUGUUGACCUGCUGGGCCUGCAUCCCCUUGACAUAUGUGCUCUCAUUCCUGUUCAAAAAUGCGUUAGCUGCCUUUGGUGUUCUUGUGCUGCUGUUCUUCUUUGUUGCAAUGCUAACAUUGACAGCAGUGUUUCUUGUGGCUCAAAAUAUUGGAACUCACGAAGCGGACAUCAUUCAUUACAUUUUCCUCAUCUUUCCAACAUAUGGACUCUCUGCUGCGUUCAAUGAUCUGUAUUUAAAUCAAGCAGCUAAGCAAGUGUGCAGCACACCUCAAGGUCAAUUGAUUUGUGCAAACAGCACUGAACUUCGAUAUGUAGAAAAUCCAUUUGAUUUUGAACGACCAGGUAUUGGUGUUGUGCUGUUGUACAUGUUGAUAGAAGGAUUCAUUCUACUUUGGUUCACACUCCUGCUUGAGCGCAAAUUUUUCUAUCCGGAGUUGAGACGUUUACUAUCUUUGAAGCUUCUGAAGAAUAAUAUUGAUCAUGUUGAUCGCUCUGAAGUGCGAUCACCCAUAGCCGAGGAUGAGGAUGUGUCUGACGAACGAAGGAAGAUAUUUAAUGCUCAAACCGAUGAAAAUGAUGUUGUUGUCAUUAACGAUUUAAAAAAAACUUACGGAGGUCGUCUCUCUGGAUGUAAGGUGUCUCCAAGUAAAACUGCUGUUCGAGGAAUUAGUUUAGCUAUUCCGAGUGGUGAAUGUUUCGGACUAUUAGGAGUAAAUGGGGCUGGCAAAACAACAACAUUUGCGAUUGUCACAGGUGACCUUUCUAUGACGUCAGGCUCAGUCUCUGUUGCUGGAUACGAUAUAAAUUCUAAUCUGAGAGACGUACAACAACGUAUCGGAUAUUGUCCUCAGUUUGAUGCUCUGAUUGAAAGGUUAACAGGUAGAGAAUUGCUAACAAUGUUUGCCAGACUGCGUGGAGUUCCUGAAAGUCAACUCAAAGAAAUUGUGAAUACAGAGAUUUAAGAAAGAGUUGACCUCAAUAAGUAUUCCGACAAGAAAUGUGGAAGCUACAGUGGAGGAAAUAAACGAAAGCUAAGUACAGCUAUUGCAAUGGUUGGAAACCCACCUAUUGUGUUGUUGGAUGAGCCUACUACUGGGAUGGACCCAACUACACGUCGUUAUACUUGGAAUGUGCUUACUAAUGCUGUAAGAGAAGGGAGAUCCAUUAUCCUGACAUCUCACAGUAUGGAAGAAUGUGAAGCUCUUUGUACCAGAAUUGCCAUCAUGGUGAAUGGAAGCUUUAAAUGUCUUGGAAGUAUUCAGCACCUCAAAAACAAAUUUGGCACUGGUUUUAUUCUUCAAUUGAGAGUCGGCUUUGCACCAGGAGCUACUACCAGUGUGGGUGCUAGCAGAAACCCAGCCAUUGAUAUUGAAAAACGGUCAAAUCCUGAAAUUUACCUCAAUGGAGGAUAUGCUGAUGAUGGUAUUGGAAACUCUAAUGAUACAACAUCUGUACAUAUUUUUGUUCGAGAAGCAUUUUCUGGAGCAAUGUUACUUGAAGAGCAUCAGGGAGCAGUUACGUACCAGCUUCCUUAUGGUGCAGUGAGCUGGUCAUCACUAUUUCGACUUCUCGAACAGAAUAAAGAAAGGCUUCACAUCAUGGACUAUGCCGUCAGUCAGACUACACUUGAGCAGGUUUUCAUUAACUUCGCCAAGGAACAAGAAGAUGCUGAUUAACGCGUGACUAUAGUGUUAGUAUAAUAAUAUUAUUACUGCACUAUAAUUAGUAUUUUAUGAUCAUAAGACUAUAAUGACAUUAAUAGGUAUGCAUGACAUUGUGUCGAGGCAUUAGGGCUUCCAUUAUUAUCAUCGCUAGUGUUUAGGUUUAGGUUUGUGUAUGUGUUAUUAAUUGUAUUCUGUAUACUUAUUGCCCACUA